AUGGUCCUUGGCGUCACCUGGAGGCCCGCCACUGAUGUUUUAGGGUUUCGUGUCCGGUUGGCAGAGAUCAACUAUACACGUGCCGGCCUCCUUUCUAAAGUUGCCGGAUUGUUUGAUCCCCUCGGCGCCGCAGCCCCAAUCACCGUUAAAGCCAAGAUACGUCUUUGCCACCUUGGCGUGAAAGGCCUGAAAUGGGAGGAUGCGGUGAUUGGACCAGACCGUGAAUGGUGGGAGAACUAUUUCGAUACAAUGCAGCAGCUAAAGACGGUGGAAUUUGCCCGCUGCCGGACCGAACUGGACACGUUCGUGGACGCCUCUGAAGAGGCCUGUGCCGCCGUAUGUUUUAUCCGCAAUGUUUACAGUGACCACCGAGUGAUCGUGCGCUUCAUCAAGGCAGUGACAAAUUUGGCUCCGCUGAAAACAGUGUCCGUGUGCAAGUUGGAGCUGAACGCUGGACUUCUUGGAGCGCGUUUGGCCCGUUUUGUGGAAUCUUCAUUGACCCAGAAGAUCACAGCGCGUCGUUUCUGGACCGAUAGCAGUACGGUGCGUAAUUGGGUUCGAGCGUUAUCUGGUGACUACCAGGUCUAUGUGAGCAACCGUAUCGGCGAAAUCCAGACCCUAUCAGACCCUUCGGAGUGGCGUUUCGUCCCGGGAGUCCUAAACCCAGCGGAUGCGGCGACCCGCUCUCAACUGGAUUACCGGGCAAUCCCAGCGUGGUGGUUGGACGGACCACCCUUUUUGUAUCAAGAGGAGACGGCCUGGCCACAAGACCUCCCCUGGACCUUGGAAAAGGCGGAGAUGUUUGGGGCCCGCGCCCAUGUGAGUGACGUCGUGUCGGAGAAAAUAGUGCCAUUCGACUGGAAGACGGUGAAGAUAGCUGCCAGCGACGUGCCCACUCUCAUCAGAUUACAGAAUGACUAUCUCGAUCUCGUCCGACGGUGCCAGAGGGAGACCUAUCCCGAUGAGAUAAGCAGACUGGAGCGUGGAAAAGUGAUUCGCCCUACAUCAACCUUGCAGCCCUUGACCCCCUUUUUGGAUGCUGAUAAGGUGUUGCGGCUUGGAGGCCGUCUCAGCAGAGCGAAUUUACCGUACGAGGUCCUCAACCCGCCGAUUCUGAAUGGCCGACAUCUGUUAGCGCGAGCAAUCAUCCGCGCCUUUCAUGAGCAGCUUCAUCAUUCUGAAACUGACAUGGUGCUUGCCCAGGUGCGACAACAUUUCUGGAUCACAGCAAGAAGAAAGGCGGUCAAGAGAGCUCGCAACGAGUGUCUGGGGUGUCGGCGUUUCCGACCAAAAGCAGCGCUACAGAUGAUGGCGGACGUUCACAGGGCCGGCUAA